AUGAAGGAACAGCAAUUCGCAACAUUGGCUGUCCAUGCUGGUGCUCCCCACGACCCUACCACGGGGGCUGUCAUUGCGCCGAUCUCCCUGUCUACCACCUUCGCUCAGAGCAGCGUUGGUAACCCAGUAGGACUCUACGAGUAUACUCGAAGCUCGAAUCCCAACCGAGACCACUUCGAACAAGCCGUUGCCGCUCUUGAGCACGCUAAAUACGCCUUGGCCUUCUCCUCCGGUUCUGCUACCACUGCAACAAUCAUUCACUCUCUCGCUCCCGGCUCGCAUAUCGUCUCCGUUUCCGACGUUUAUGGAGGAACACAUAGGUAUUUCACCAAAGUCGCCUCGGCCCAUGGCGUCGAUGUGACUUUCUCCUCGUCCUUGGAGUCAGACGUGGAACAUCUUAUCCAACCAAACACUAAGCUGGUUUGGAUCGAGACUCCCUCAAACCCUACCCUGUCUUUGGUCGAUAUCAGCAAGAUUGCUGCGGUUGCGCAUAGCCAUGGCCUCGUGGUCGUGGUCGAUAACACAUUUAUGAGCCCGUAUAUCCAGAACCCUCUCGACCACGGCGCCGAUAUCGUUGUUCAUUCCGUGACCAAAUACAUUAACGGCCACUCGGAUGUUCUGAUGGGCGUCGCAGCCUUCAACUCGGAGACUUUGAAAGAGCGUCUUACAUUCCUUCAGAACGCCAUUGGUGCUGUCCCAUCUCCAUUCGACUGCUGGCUCGCGCACCGCGGUCUCAAAACCCUCCACCUCCGUGCUCGAGAGGCAUCCACCAAUGCCACAGCUGUCGCCCAGUUGCUCGAGUCUUCCCCACACGUGAUCUCCGUGAACUAUCCCGGUCUUGACUCUCACCCCAGCCGCAAAAUUGCGAUUAAGCAGCACCGCAACGGAAUGGGUGGCGGUAUGCUAAGCUUCCGGAUCCGGGGGGGCCAAAAGGCCGCCCACCUCUUCUGUCAAUACACCAAGAUCUUCACCUUGGCAGAGAGUUUGGGCGGUGUGGAGAGUCUUUGCGAGGUUCCAGCAAGCAUGACCCACGCUGGUAUCCCCAAAGCAGAGCGCGAAGCUGCCGGCGUUUUCGACGACUUGGUCCGCAUGAGCUGUGGUGUCGAGGAUGCCGAGGAUCUCAAGGCCGACACGCUCCAGGCCCUCGAGAUGGCCGUGGCUGCGAGCCAGACUACGGCAAAUGGAAGUGCAUAG